AUGGGCAGCGAGGGCGUGCCGUUGAUAGUGGUGGAGGUCAUGUCGGUGGCCGUCGUCGAGCUCACUGAUGCCUCCAGCUGGUGGCACGAAAUCGAUGACUCUCCAGCCUGGCAGGAUCGUAUUUCCUACACUCUCGUUGUACUCUACGAUAUCAUGGCCACCGUAGCUUUGGUUCAACUGGCUUGGAUACAAUUGAGAGUGGUCUUUCACCUUAUCAAUAUUUUGGUGAAUGGGGUUCAGUGUGUAGUUUUUAUCUUCUAUCAGAACGUGCAGAGGUUGAAGCUAGAGAUUGUUCAACACAUCUUGCUUGACAUGUCGAGUCUUGCUUUCUUUACAACAUAUGCACUUUUGGUCCUGUUCUAGGCUGAGAUUUAUUACCAAGCAAGUUUGAUUUGUGGUGCAUUUGCUUCUACAUGGCACAUGUUGUAUCAACUAAUGGGUUGAAACCAAGUUUCAAUACGAUUAAUAUUGUGGUUUAUGUUGUUCAGAAGUGAAUCAAGCUAGGCCUAGCUGAAGCAUAGCUCCAUUAGGCAGUUUGUUAGACUAUAUUCUCUCCUAAGUCUGAUCAGGU